GUUCUAUUUUGGUAGUUAAAAAUUAAAAAUGGACUCUAAAUACCUCAAAUCUACUCUAAGACUCAGUGAAAAUGAUGAGGAUAAGGAAAACUACAUGCAUCCUUUACCUGAAGGGAUUCUGAAACAUAUUACGGAAACUAAGCAUAACAAAAGAUACUUUAAAACAUUUGGUUCUGAGGACACCUCUAAUGAAAGCCAACUUAUAGAUAAAUAAGUACUCAUACCGCUCUAAUCCUUUUCUUGAGGUUAUUAACACCAAUACAAGCACUGUUGAAGUGCAAAAAGUUCACGAAAGCUUUGAUUCCAUGAAGAGUAGCUCUUCUGUCGUAUGAAAUGUCAAAGAAAACGACUCUUCAUACACUAAGACACACAAGUUGCACCAAAACGUGAUGUCUUUGGUACAAAUUCCAAAGAUUGAUCAUAAUCUUAUGGCCUCUAGUAUGGGAGGAAAAAGAGCCAGGAUGCAUUAUCUAUCUAAAUAUAGGAGCCAGGAAAAAGUUCCAAAGAAAAUAGAGCAAAUCUACACACCACGCAGAGAUAGUGCAGCCAGUAUGUAUAAAGCUGUAAAACAGAAGCCGAAUAAACCGGCUAGAAAGUUGACAACAGAGACAGAGCAAAAGGGAUAUGUGAGAAGGACAAAGACAUUGUUUUUCAAUCAAACGAGAAAAGACUGGGUAUCCAAAGUUGCUCAUGAUAAUCCCUCUUCUAAAAGAAAUGAUCAAGAGUGGCCAUUGUCUUUUGAAAGAGAGAAACUCUAUGAAACAUACACUCAAUGAAAUGAAAAGCUUAGCCUUGAUGAACUCCAGGAGGAGCCUUCAUGAAUAGAGCCUAUCUGGAAGAAGGAAAGAAGGACCUUAGAGCCUACCACACAGAAGAGUAAUACCAAACACGAGCCAGAACUGAUAAAUAAAACCAAUAAAAUGUCUAAACUCGCUCAGAUAUAUGAUUAUGAAUCAAAGCCAGUAUUUGAAGCUAACCCAAUGAAUAACGCCUCAAAAUAUGGGAGUUUGAAAACUGAUGCUUCAACAGCAAAAUCAGAGACUCAUGUUCUUAAGGAAAUAAGUAAUUCCUACAGAGCCAAAAGAGGCUUUAGAGCAACACCUAUUUCCUUAAAAUCUCAGGACAAUGAUUUGGAGAUUAUUCCAGAAACCAACUCUUGAAGCGGCUUGAGAGAGAACUCCUUGACCUUUGAUCCUUCUUUUAUUGACAAGAAGGAGUUUAACUACAAGCCAAGGAAUUAUCCUCCCAAUGAGUAUGAUUGAGAGACAGACAACGAGACCUGAAUAGAUGUUCCAACUAUGGAGUUUAUCGGCUGGCAAUUUCCCAAUGAUAUGUCUUCACCUAAGCUAAUGUCUGUUGUAGAAUCUGAUCCUGAAGAUAUGAGUAUUCUGUAUCCAUCUUCCAAAACUCAGCCUGGGGCAAGGAUGCUUGAAAGUACAGUUGAAGCGUUCAAGGGAGUAAUAAAUAAAGAUAUAGAAAUAUCACACACAUCUGAUAUAGGUGAUUCAAUUUAUAUGAGCAAAAAUAUUGUGAGAAAUGGUCAGGUAAUGAACCAAAUGCCAUCUUCAUCGACAUCAAGACAAGAAGAUAAGGAAAACCAGAUUGUAAUCUAA